AUGGCGGAGGAAACCGGAGCGACGGCGGCUUCAGGGUCGGCAGCGGGCAAGAUGACGAUGGUGGUCGGGGUGGACGAGAGCGAGCACAGCUACUACGCGCUGCAGUGGACGCUCCUCCACUUCUUCUCCCCGGGCCAGCAGCAGCAGUACCGCCUCGUCGUCGUCACAGCCAAGCCCACCGCCGCGUCCGCCGUCGGCCUCGCCGGACCAGUACUACUAGGUGCCGCAGAGGUGCUGCCGUUCGUUGAGGCGGACCUGAAGCGGAGCUCGCUGCGCGUCAUCGACAAGGCCAAGGAGCUCUGCGCGCAGGUGAGCGAUGCUGUCUUUGAAGUGGUGGAAGGGGAUGCGAGGAACGUCCUCUGCGAGGCGGUCGAAAGGCAUCACGCAGAGAUGUUGGUUGUGGGCAACCAUGGCUAUGGAGCAAUCAAAAGGGCUGUUCUUGGAAGUGUGAGCGAUUACUGCACCCACCACGCGCACUGUACUGUGAUGAUUGUGAAGAAACCAAAGCACAAGCACUGA